UUUAGUUCAGUUCCAACAACGACGAAGAUACAUUCAACGAAGACAUAUUUUAAUCUAAAAUGGAGUAUCCAUUGGAAAUUAAGGAUGUGGAACCAGAAACGAAUCAAGCGAUGAUGAAACUUUUUAUAGGUGAACGAGGCGGUUUCGUUCGUGUAGGACCUAAGGGGUAUGUUCUGACUCAAGGGUUCAGAGAUAUAGCAGCAGAGAUCUACAACAUAGAAGUCCGACCAAGCGAUGUGUAUGUUGUUACCUAUGCAAGAUCAGGAACAACGUGGACUCAAGAGUUAGUGUGGUUGGUUGCUAAUAACUUGGAUUACCAAACGGCAAAAUCGGUUUUGCUAACAGACAGAUUCCCGUUUAUAGAAAGCACCAUGAUGUUUCACCCAAAGUUUGUAGCUGAACUUGAGGAAAUAAACAAAAACGACGAAGUAAAACUGAAGCAAUUGGGUACAUUUUCUCAAUCCAUUGUACGGAAAGUGGCGGCUGCACCUUCCCCAAGGUUCAUUAAGACUCAUCUGCCGCUGUCGCUGCUGUCACCGAAAGUGUUGGAUGCAAAAGUGGUGUACGUAGCAAGAGACCCACGUGAUGCAGCCGUUUCCUUCUAUUAUUUAUGCCGGUCCUCAAGAAAUAUGGGUUUCGAUGGAGACUUCAAAACAUUUUGGCAUUACUUUACUAGUGACUUACAUUACUGGACGCCAUUCUUCGAGCAUCUAAAAGAAGCAUGGGAGAAGCGGCAUGAUCCAAAUUUGUUGUUUUUGUUCUAUGAAGACUUAAAGAAGGAUCUCGGCCACGAAGUGCGCAGAGUGUGCAAGUUUUUGGGUAAACAAUACACGGACGACCAAAUAGCAGUGCUCUGUGACCAUCUCGAUAUUAAGAACUUCAAGAACAAUACAUCUGUGAACAAUGACAUUUGGAAGGAACUUGGGUUGAUGUUUCCCAAAGAAGAGUUUAUAAGAAAAGGCAAGUCAGGGGGUUGGCGCGAUUACUUUGACGAGGAGAUGACAGCACAAGCAGACAAGUGGAUGGAAGAAAAUCUUAGAGACACUGAUCUACGUUUCCCGCAUUUGCAGUAGUACUAAGAUGUUUUUAAGUUAUCUAAUGUAAAAUACAUUAGAAAACAAUAAAUACACUAUUAUACAACACCAAUUGCGAUACAACACAUUGAUAUCUGUUACGUAAUCAUUUAUUUAUUCUAAUUAAGCAAGUAUAUGUCUUCUGUGUACCACACCGUAGAAUUUUAUUGCAUCUAAACUCUAAACAUACCAGUUUCCUUACGAUGUUUUAAUUCACCGUAUGAGUGGCUUGACAGAAAGCCCUUUGGUGUCCGGAAAGCGCCGGGAAUCGAACCUAUGAGAGGUCAUAGGUUCGAUUCCUGAGGAGGAAUGAGAAAUACUGCUUUAAAAAGACACAAUUACGGUUCACUAAUAAUGAUGGUAUGGAAACACAGAAGACACUGUUUGUUAGUCGAUAAAUUGUAAA